GUCUCUGCUAGACAUGCUGCUACUCAGCAAACCCGACUGGACAUCCCCCAGGUGGAGGACGCUGUUUCUAGCUACCUUGCAGGAGCUCUCGCCCCAGCAACACUGAGGGUGUAUGGCUCUGGUUGUAUCAUGCCUUGAUGACACUAAUGAGUCGACUAGACUUGUGUCAUGUAAAGUUUUUCAGCUAUUGCUCAUGAACAAAAACCUCUGGACCAAUGUGGAUAAGCUGCAUCAGG